AUGUUGGACUUUUGCAGUGACGAGUUUGAAAAUUUCGAUGGCUUCUCCUUUGAUUUACGCACACGUGAAAUCAACAAUACUUUCGACCUGGGUUGUUACGAACCCGAUGUUGAGACCUUUGCCUGUGCUUCGGGGGUGCAGUACAUCCACGCCAUCGCACGAUGUGAUAGGAUCGUAGACUGUCAUGACCACUCGGAUGAAAUCGGCUGUGGAGAUUGUCCUCCCGAUACCUCUCAGUGUGAAGGGACUGAUAUAUGCAUUCAUUCUAAAUUCCUUUGUGAUGGAGUGUUUGACUGCCCUCAUCAGGAUGACGAGAACUGUAUAGAUUCAAAGUGUCCCGAUGGAUGCAUAUGUGGAGAGGGCCCCUAUGCCCAUUUCUUCGGGCCAAGUCGAGCCUUCUGCGCUGCACCUGGCUACCUCCCAUACUGGACGAAUGGGACAACGACUUGGAACCAGGAGUAUGCAAUGAAUACCACACUAAGAACCGUCGUCAUAGACCUCCAUGACAUUCCCUUAAUGCAUCUCGAUCCAGGAAGCUUCAUCGGUGCUACAAAUCUGAAUACCCUUGACCUGACUAACUGUGAUAUCGAUCAUCUCCCUUCUGGUGUCUUCGAUGGUGCGCUCGCCUCUAUAAAUUAUCUUGAGUUCAAUGGGAUAACUGACUUCCGGCCUGGUACCUUCCGUGACCUCGGUGGUUCUCUUGAGAGAUUGAAGACCUUCCUUCAGAACGCGACCAUCAAAGUCUUCAUCUGGUUCCUGGCUGUUAGCGCCCUCAUCGGUAAUUUCAUGGUCAUAAUCAUGCGACUAAGGAGCAAGCCGGCGAAUCCCGUCGGUCAGAUACAGUCUAUGUUUAUCACCAACCUGGCCGCUUCAGAUUUCUUGAUGGGUGAGCUGCUCAUGACGUAA